AUGGAUCUCCUGACCGAAGACUCAGUCAUAAGCGAAACCCCAACUCGAUUGGAUUUGAAAGACAUGCGUCUCUGGCAAAAUGCAGGCUUGGCCACAGACGAGAAUGGAGAGUUUCUACCCUACAGUCCAUCAGAUGUAAUUCAAAACCAAAAUACCUCUGGACUCGAAGAAGACAUGAGGAGCAAUGAACUCGCGUGGAUUCUGGGUAAAAUUGCAAACUACCUCACGGCAGGAGACGCUUUGGUCCCGGCGAGCAACAACCUUCCACGCCACCAGCGGCCUCGAAUCGGGUUAAGUCAGGAGCAUAUUCUGGAGAAAUGGAAGUUGUUGAUGGCUGAUCUAGAGAGAUGGCAUGACUCUCUUCCCGCAUCAUUCACUCCAACUGCUCGAACACGGGGACUGGGCAGCGCUGCUUCGGGGUUUGAGCUGAGUUUUGAUACCUUCGACCAGAUCUGGUUCGACCUGCCACUUUGCGCAGCUACAAUGCAGAGCUAUCAUCAAGCGAAGAUAUUGUUAUUCGCGAACGAGCCGCAAGAGUCCACAGCUAUUCGGUCAACCGUAUCAGCACGUUUAAGAUCUUACCGACAUGCUCUCCGAGAAGUCGUCUAUCAUGCCCGGGAGGUUUGCGGGAUAAGUCUCGCCAACCCAACCGAUUCUUUCAGAGUCAAUUCUGUACAAGCCUUGUUCGUCGCGGGGCAGGUCUUCCAAGAGCGCUGCGAGCAGGACGCUGUUCUGGAAUUACUUUCUGGAAUUGAAAAGGAUCUUGGCUGGACUACUCGAUAUCAUGUGGCCAAGUUGAAGGAUGAAUGGGAAAAGGGAAGAGAAGGCAAUCACGUUGAUCGUGAUGAGCAGGGCCAGAGCCACGAUUCGAACUGGUUUAUUUCCUAG